AAAACCAAAACCAAGAUGGCGGCUAACGACCUUGUAAGAGAAGGCAACGAUGCUUUUGUUGACGAUGAUUUUGAACUCGCUGUCAAGAAAUACUCAGAGGCUAUAGAGCUGAAUGCAUAUGAUGCUGACUGCUAUUUGAAAAGGGCAGCAGCGUUUAUGAAGCUCGAAAACUACCAAGCUGCAGCAGCAGAUGCAUCUUCAGCCGCAAGUCUACAACCAGACCACUCCAAGGCACACACACGGAAAGGAAUGGCGCUGUUUCACCUUGAGGAUUUCAAAGCUGCCAGAGAGGCUUUUUCAGAUGCAUUAAAACUUGACAAAGAAAACAAAGAGCUGAAAAUGUGGAUUAGAAAGUGUGAUGCUGAAUUGGACUUGGCAGAAAAUGAAGCAAAACAGGAUGAAAACUCUCCUGAUACGGUGAUGGUGGGCAUGGCUAGAGGGGAAGAUUCGCAACUGAUACAAAAAGAUGACAAUCACAAAGAGGCUGAGACAGCAGGCAAAGCUAACCAGCAACCUCCAGUUGUCAAGCCUGCGGCUUCUGAUGGUCAUGCAGCAUCUGUGACAGGACAGCCUUCAUCAGUUUUGGCUGUCAUUGAUGGGCAAUCUAAUCAAGAACAACCUCAGCAACAGUACACAGUUUCAAAACCGAAAUAUGAUUGGUAUCAAACAGAAACACACGUCAUUGUAACUUUGAUGAUCAAGAAUGUAAAACAGGAGAAUGUGAAUGUGGAAUAUGGUGACCAAACAUUAAGUGCUACAGUGAAGCUUCCAAGCGGCAGUGACUUCAGCUUAGAACUGGAUCUUGCUCAAGCCAUCAAUCCAGCACAGUGCAAAACAAGAAUCAUGUCAACAAAGGUUGAACUAAAGAUGAAAAAAACUGAGGGAAUGAGAUGGUCAUCUCUUGAGGCUACUGAAGAAACUGUCUGCAAACCAUUUCCAACAAAAAAUGAAACAAAAGACCCUGGUGAUGCAGUGCAUAAAUAUCCCACUUCACGGCAUGUUGGAAAAGAUUGGGAUAAAGUUGCAGCAGAGAUUGCCAAGGAGGAGAAAGAGGAAAAACUUGAAGGUGAAGCUGCUUUAAAUCAGCUAUUCCAACAAAUUUAUGGUGAUGGUAGUGAGGAAGUGCGGAAAGCAAUGAACAAGUCGUUUGUUGAAUCUGGUGGAACAGUUUUGAGUACCAACUGGGAUGAAGUCAAAAAAGGGCAUGUGGAUUGUAAACCUCCAGAUGGAAUGGAAUAUAAAAAAUGGGACAGUUAGACUGCAUGGAUAAUCGUGCAGUCCUUGCAUGCAUCAUCUGACACUGGGAAAAAUUUCAUAUCUUUGUACUGAUGUACUCUGUGCCAUUUAGAACUGAAGAAAAAGGCUGUCUUUUAUUUGUUGCUUGAGGAUGAGAAUGGUUUAUUUCUGAUUUCUUUUCGAAUUGGUACAAGUGGAGAAGACAUAGAUAGAAAACUGUAGAGUGCUCAAAGCUGCGACCAUUUUGGUGGCCUUGGUGACUAGAAGAACAUUUUGGCUACUAAAUUUGCAGCAUAAUUCAUCAAUUUUGCAAAUUGUGUUUGGCAGGCUAACUGAGACAGUCAAACACUUAAGAUCAAUAAAUUGCUGUGUAGUUUUUAUUAACUACCCUGUUUGCUCAGA